AUGCUAAUGACUUCUAUUAUUAAACUGGAGUAUGAUGUCUUUGUAAGUUUUAGAGGUGAAGAUAUCCGUAAAAGCUUUAUGGAUCAUCUAUUCAAAGAUUUAAAACAAAAAGGAAUUCAUGUGUUUAGAGAUGAUACGCAUCUCACCCUAGGCGAAAAGAUAUCUCCUAAUCUCGACAAAAUCAUUCAAGAAUCGAGGUUUCUGGUAGUCGUCUUCUCUAAAAAUUAUGCAUCUUCGUCAUGGUGUUUGAGGGAACUUGUAAAAAUCCUCGACUGCAAGGAGGCGAGAGAGCACAAGCAUGAGGUUCGAGUGAUCUUCUAUGACGUGAAGCCUGAUGUGGUGAGGAAACAGACUCGGAGCUAUGCACAAGCGUUUGCCAAACAUGAGAUUUUGAAUAGAGCAGAGGUUGCUAAAUGGAAAGAAGCUUUAUCCAUGGCUGCCAACUUAUCUGGAUGGGAUCUCCAUGACGUGGCAAAUGGGUUUGAGUCCAAAUUCAUUGCUAGUAUCUCUAAAGAAAUCCUAAAAGCAUUAUCUCAUGAACCUUUGCAUGUCGGCCAGAACCUUGUAGGGGUGGAUGACCGUAUAAAGAAAAUGAACUUGUUACGGUUUAUUCACUCAAACAAGGUUCACAUGAUUGGAAUAUGUGGUAUUGGUGGAAUAGGAAAGACCACUUUUGCCAAAGCCAUUUAUAACCUCAUAUAUAACCACUUUGAGGAAUGUAGCUUUUUGGAUGAUGUCCAAAGGGCCACAAAACAACAUGGACUAACUCAUGUCAUAAUGCAACUUAUUAACGACAUCAUGAAAACAACAGAUGUGAGGAUACCCAGCAUUGGUCAAGGAAUUAUGGUAAUGAAACAAAGGAUGGCAUCUAGACGGAUCCUACUUGUUGUAGAUGAUGUAGAUCAUCGUGAUCAGUUAGAAGCGCUAUCAGGUUCAUGUGAUUGGUUAUCCCCAGGAAGUUUGAUUAUUUUCACUUGUAAAGACAAGCAAUUGCUAAGGUCUCAUGAAGUGGAUGAAAUCUAUGACAUGGAGUUUCUCAAUUAUUUUGAAUCUCUUGAGCUGUUUAGUUUGUAUGCUUUUCAUGAAGAACAUCCUACUAAAGACUUUCAAGAACUUGCUCUGCAAGUUGUGCGGUAUGUGAAAGGUCACCCCCUUGCCCUCAAGGUCUUGGGAUCUUUUCUUUACGGAAAAACUGUGAAGGAGUGGAAAAGCGAAUUGGACGGGCUCCAAGUAUAUCCUAAUGAAGAGAUACAACGGGUGCUUYAAUUAAGUUUCGAUGCGUUAAGCCCUCAACAAAAAAACAUCUUCCUUGAUAUUGCAUCUUCAUUCAUUGGGGAAAAUAAAGAUGAUGCAACAACUAUACUAGAUGGUUGUAAUUAUCAUACARAUUCAAAUAUCAAAGUUCUAGUUGACAAGUCAUUACUUGUCAUUUCUCGCAAUGAUUUGCUUGAAAUGCAUGACUUGAUACAAAAGAUGGCAAGGGAAAUUGUACGCGAAGAGUCCAAAACCCUUGGGAAGCGAAGCAGGUUAUGGAUUUCAUCGGAGAUAAUGGCUAGUACGAGUGCAUCCUCUCAACAUCGAUGGACAUAUGAUGUUUUUGUAAGUUUUAGAGGUGAAGAUAUCCGUAAAAGUUUCAUGGAUCAUCUAUUCAAAGAUUUCAAACAAAAAGGAAUUAAUGCUUUCAGAGAUGAUGACGAAAACCUGAGAGGAGAAGAGUUGCCUCCUGAACUGUACAAAGCCAUUGAAGAAUCAUGGUUUUUGAUAGUUGUCUUCUCCAAAAAAUUUGCAUCUUCGUCAUGGUGUUUGAGGGAACUCACAAAAAUCCUCGAUUGCAAGCGAGCAGGGGAGCCCAAACAUGAGGUCCGAAUUGUAUAUUAUGAUGUAAAGCCUGAUGUAGUGAGGAAACAAACCGGGAGCUAUGCGGAAGCCUUCAUAAAACAUGAAAGUUCAAAUACAACCGAACAGGUUGCUAAAUGGAAGGAAGCUUUACGCGAGGCUACCGACAUUAUUGGUUGUGAUCUCCAAGACUUUGCCAACGGGUAUGAGUCCAAGCUCAUUGAUGACAUCUCCAAAGAUAUCCUUGAUAGGACAUGUAAAAUUAGAUCCUUGGAUGUUGGUGAGAAGCUCGUAGGGGUGGAUGACCAGAUAGAGGAAAUGGACUUGUCACGCUUCACUGGACCGGGUAAGGUGCACAUGCUUGGAAUAUGUGGUAUUAGCGGUGUAGGGAAGACAACUCYUGCCAAAGCUAUUUAUGACAAGAUGUCAAAACAUAAAAGCAUAACAGAAGUCCAAAUGCAAAUUAUUAAUAGCAUCUUGAAAACAAGAGUUGAAACGUUAACGAAUGUGAAUGACGGAAUCAAGUUAAUAAAGGAGAGGAUGGCAUCUAAGCCGAUCUUGCUGGUUUUGGAUGAAGUGGAUGAUCGGGAGCAGUUAGAAGCAUUAGCCGGUUCCCCUGAUUGGGAGCUUUUUCAUUUGUAUGCUUUUCGCCAUAAGCAUCCUACAGAGGAUUUCAUGGUGCUCUCUAACCAAGUUGUGAAGUGUUUGCAAGGGCACCCUUUGGCUCUUAUAGUUUUGGGUAGUCAUUUGUAUGGCAAGUCUAUGUAUGUGUGGCAAAGCGAAGUGGGUAUACUCCAAAAAUAUCCUGAUGCAGAGAUACAACAAAAGCUUAGACCAAGUUUUGAUGCGCUAGACUUCKAUAAGRAAAACAUAUUUCUUGAUAUCGCCAUCUCGUUCAUUGGGGAAGAUAAAGAUUUGGCAGCAAGUGUACUAGGAAGCAGUGCACAUGCUAAUAUUGAGGUUCUAGUAGAUAAGUCACUUAUUACAAUAUCUCGACAUAAUAAUUCACUUCAAAUGCAUGACUUGAUUCAAAGCAUGGCAAGGAGAAUUAUACAUGAGGAAUUUGUGGUAAAGGAAGUGUGGAGCAGACUGUGGAGUUUAUCAGAGUUUCGUAACGUAUUGAGCAAAAAUAAGGCAUUAGAAGGAAUGGAAGUUCUUGACCUUUCUCUAGAGCAAUCUAGUCAAAACGUUCACAUAGACGGUGAAGCUUUUGAAGAUAUGAAAAAUCUGCGGAUCCUAAAAAUUUCUUAUGGGGAACUCAGAAACUUUUGGGAGGACUCUAAGGUGAAUUACUCUGGAAGGCUGAAAGCUUUAUCGAAUAAGCUAACGUUGCUAUAUUGGAAUGGAUGCCCUUUUGAGUUCCCUUUGGAUUUUUAUCCAGAAAACAUUGUGAUCAUUGACUUGUCUUACAGCCACUUAAAAACUCUUUGGACGACACCUAAGUACCCCCAAUUUCAAAGGAUCACAAAUCUCGAAGAACUCAUUCUUGAAGGUUGUGUGAAUUUGGUUAAAGUCCACCCAUUGGUUGGGAUGCUCAAGAAGCUUGUUGUUCUGAAUAUGGAAGAUUGCAAAUGUUUUAGGAGACUCCCUUGCAAAGUCGAAAUGGAUUCUCUUGAAGUUGUGAAUCUCUCGGGUUGCUCAAAACUGGACAAACUUCCUGAAUUCUUUGGCACAAUCCGGAGUUUGAAAGAGUUUUGUAUCGAUGGUACCGCCAUAAUGGAACUUCCUUCUUUUGUAUUCUCUCAAAACAACCUUCAAAUAUUGGGAUUUGGUCGACAUGAGAAGAGGAUCCGGUCUAGAUGGUGUGGUUCAAUUUCUCAACCUUCAUGGUUUCUAAGUAAGAUGCAACAUCCCCAAAAUCUAGUAAUGCCUUCAUUGGCGGAUUUACGUUUCUUACGAGAAUUAAAUAUUAGCGAUUGCAAUAUAUUGGAAGUAUCUGAUAGCAUUGGAGGGUUAUCAUGUCUAGAAUCUCUACAUUUGGGUGGGAAUAACUUUACUAGCUUACCUGGAUGUCUGAGUCAACUUCAUCGUCUUAGAUGUUUUUACCUUUAUGGUUGCAAGAAGCUGGAAAUGCUUCCAGAACUUCCACCUAACCUUCGCAUUCUUGAUGCAUCUUAUUGCACCUCCUUGUAUCAAAAUCCAUCUACCGAUUUUAAUAUUCAAUCAUCCUUAUCCAUGUUUUUUGAAGGUUGUCCAAAAUUGUUUAGGAAUGUUAGCAUUGAAAGCCCGCAUGAGGUUCGAGUGAUCUUCUAUGACGUGAAGCCUGAUGUGGUGAGGAAACAGACUCGGAGCUAUGCACAAGCGUUUGCCAAACAUGAGAUUUUGAAUAGAGCAGAGGUUGCUAAAUGGAAAGAAGCUUUAUCCAUGGCUGCCAACUUAUCUGGAUGGGAUCUCCAUGACGUGGCAAAUGGGUUUGAGUCCAAAUUCAUUGCUAGUAUCUCUAAAGAAAUCCUAAAAGCAUUAUCUCAUGAACCUUUGCAUGUCGGCCAGAACCUUGUAGGGGUGGAUGACCGUAUAAAGAAAAUGAACUUGUUACGGUUUAUUCACUCAAACAAGGUUCACAUGAUUGGAAUAUGUGGUAUUGGUGGAAUAGGAAAGACCACUUUUGCCAAAGCCAUUUAUAACCUCAUAUAUAACCACUUUGAGGAAUGUAGCUUUUUGGAUGAUGUCCAAAGGGCCACAAAACAACAUGGACUAACUCAUGUCAUAAUGCAACUUAUUAACGACAUCAUGAAAACAACAGAUGUGAGGAUACCCAGCAUUGGUCAAGGAAUUAUGGUAAUGAAACAAAGGAUGGCAUCUAGACGGAUCCUACUUGUUGUAGAUGAUGUAGAUCAUCGUGAUCAGUUAGAAGCGCUAUCAGGUUCAUGUGAUUGGUUAUCCCCAGGAAGUUUGAUUAUUUUCACUUGUAAAGACAAGCAAUUGCUAAGGUCUCAUGAAGUGGAUGAAAUCUAUGACAUGGAGUUUCUCAAUUAUUUUGAAUCUCUUGAGCUGUUUAGUUUGUAUGCUUUUCAUGAAGAACAUCCUACUAAAGACUUUCAAGAACUUGCUCUGCAAGUUGUGCGGUAUGUGAAAGGUCACCCCCUUGCCCUCAAGGUCUUGGGAUCUUUUCUUUACGGAAAAACUGUGAAGGAGUGGAAAAGCGAAUUGGACGGGCUCCAAGUAUAUCCUAAUGAAGAGAUACAACGGGUGCUUUAA